UACAAAUUGAUUUUUGAAGCCAAUAAGAAAAGUCAAAUUUCCUUACUCUACUUUGGGCGUAGUUUCCGGUCUUAAGAAUGGCUCUGCCUCCUCUCUUCACUUCAUUCCAUUACACCAAUGUCCAAUAAUACUAAAGCUAAUACAAACUUCAUUCUUCAUCCAAAAAAACAAAAAAAAAUGCAGUCUAAAGUAACCAACAACAAAACCCAAUGCUCCAAUGGCGUUAAAAAUAUCAUCAUGAUCAUUUCUUUUCUUCUUAUAAUCUACCUCCUUUGUUUCAACUUUUCUAUUCCUAACACCAAAUCACUCCAUACAUCACUUUCACUCCAAAAUGAUUCUUCUUCAUCAUCAUCAUUAUCAUCCGAUACGACUCUUGAACAUAUCGUUUUUGGUAUUGCAUCUAACGAGCACGCGUGGUCCGCUAGAAAAGAAUUAGUCAAGAUGUGGUGGAAACCAGGUAGAAAAAUGAGGGGAUGUGUUUUUCUUGAAAAAAUGCCAUCUAAUUAUACAAACAAUGCAAACGAUUCUUUAUUGCCUCCGAUUUGCAUUUCAGGGGACACAUCAAGAUUUAAGUAUACAUUUCGUGGAGGGACGCCCUCCGCGAUUCGUGUGGCACGUGUUGUCACUGAGACAGUGGCGUUGAACCAUUCGAAUGUUAGGUGGUAUGUCUUUGGGGAUGAUGACACAGUUUUUUUCACGGAAAAUUUAUUGAAGACAUUGUCUAAAUAUGAUCAUGGGCUUUGGUACUAUAUAGGAUCGAAUUCAGAACAUUUUUUGAUGAAUAAGGCUUUUUCUUAUGAGAUGGCUUUUGGUGGAGCUGGCAUUGCUAUAAGUUCUCCAUUGGCUAAAGUUCUUGGCAAAGUGUUUGAUGCAUGCAUUGAAAGGUACCCUCACCUUUUUGGCAGUGAUGCUAGGAUCUAUUCAUGUUUGGCGGAACUUGGUGUCGGUUUAACACAUGAGCCAGGUUUCCAUCAGCUGGAUGUAAGAGGAAAUAUGUUCGGAGUGUUGGCUGCGCAUACCCUUAGACCUUUGGUAUCUCUGCAUCACCUGGAGAUGAAUGAUGCCAUAUUCCCCAAUAUGACAAAAAUGAAAGCUCUAGAGCAUUUAUACGAGGCAGCAAAAUUUGAUCCCCAUCGGAUUUUGCAGCAAACAGUAUGCUAUGAUCGUUGGUUUACUUGGACAGUCUCUGUAUCUUGGGGAUAUGCUGUUCAAAUAUUCACCUAUAAUUUGUUCUUGCCGGAUGCUCUGCGCGUACAGGAGAGCUAUUUCCCAUGGCAGACAAGUGAUUUGGCUAGACAUUAUGAUUUUGACACAAGGCCGUAUGAACCCCAUCCGUGCAAAAGACAGCUUGUUUAUUUCUUAGAUAAUGUGUCUUCUGGAAUUGAUGGAAAAAUCAAGACUAUUUACAAGAAGAAAACCCCUGAGAACUGCACUAUCACCAUGGUGUCACCUAGAAGACUAGAUGAAAUCAGAGUGGUUUCACACAAGUUAGACCUUGACAGAAAACAGUUGCUAUCACCAAGAAGACAGUGUUGUUAUGUAUUGCCUUCUACCUCUCGAAAUGUGAUGGAUAUAGAGAUAAGAGAAUGCAAAGAAGAUGAACUAACUUACAUACACCCUUAGUCAUAUACGUUCCUGUAAACAUUCAGCACGUUGAUAUUCGAUGGCAAAUUGGUGAUGGGAUGAAGGAGUUUUUCGGAAUAGAAGAUUUCGCCGGCUGCCCCAAUAGGCCACUACUAUUUUGCUUUCUAAGCGUAAAAUUUACUCCUUUGCUUGUGAAGUACAUUCAGGAAAGCAGUUUAGAAAAUUAACUAAGAAUUAGUUGAAUUAGAGAGUACUUCAGGAAAAGGGAAUUAUAUAUAACUAAAACGCUAUGCACAAUGUGUAUCUGCAAUCACAUGUGAAGAAACUUGGGAGUUAAUCAAAGAAAAAAACAACUCAAAUUUGACUUGGACUGGUUCACUUUUUUUGAUGUGUAGUUCCGCUAUUACAUAAAGUAGACAUGCUUUUCUUCCGUUGAUUGUCUGUAUCAAACACUAAUAUGUAUGGUUAAUUGUUGAGCUCAGACCCUUUGCAAGUAAUUAUGCAAUCUGGAGUUGGUUAUCA